AUGAAUAUCCGACUAGCAAGGAUUGAUGACCUCAGCGGUAUGCAAGCUGCCAACCUCAUCAACCUCCCGGAGAACUACGUCAUGAAAUUCUGGAUGUAUCACCUCUUGACGUGGCCGCAGAUAUCGUUCGUAGCGGAGAAUGGGGAGGGAAAGAUCGUUGGAUAUGUGUUGGCGAAGAUUGAAGACGAGACUACGGAUGCGAACCCCGUUGACGUGCAUGGGCACGUCAAUUCGAUAUCGGUGCUAAGGUCGUAUAGGCGACUAGGGCUGGCGCGGCGGUUGAUGAUGUUAUCGCAGGAAGCUAUGUUGACGGUGUACAAUGCGUCAUACGUCUCGUUACAUGUGAGGAAAUCUAACAAGGCUGCUAUUGGAUUGUAUAAGGAUACGUUGGGGUUCUCGGUGGCGGAUGUAGAGAAGAAAUAUUACGGCGAUGGUGAGGACGCUCUAUCCAUGAAACUAUACCUGCGUCGGUAG